AUGGUGAUGAGGGCCUUUGUCCUGUUGGCCGUGUUUGUGGAAGCCUCGGCGAAGUCAUGCACUCCAAAUAAAGCAGAUGUCAUUCUUGUGUUUUGUUAUCCCAAAACCAUCAUCACCAAAAUCCCCGAGUGUCCCUAUGGAUGGGAAGUGCAUCAACUGGCACUCGGUGGGGUGUGUUACAACGGGGUCCAUGAAGGAGGUUACUACCAAUUUGUAAUCCCAGAUUUGUCACCCAAAAACAAGUCGUAUUGUGGAACCCAAUCUGAGUACAAGCCCCCCAUCUACCACUUCUACAGCCACAUUGUUUCCAAUGACAGCACAGUGAUCGUGAAGAACCAGCCUGUGAAUUACUCCUUCUCCUGUACCUACCACUCCACCUACUUAGUGAACCAGGCUGCCUUUGACCAGAGAGUGGCCACUGUUCACGUGAAGAACGGGAGCAUGGGCACAUUUGAAAGCCAAUUGUCUCUCAACUUCUACACUAAUGCCAAGUUCUCCAUUAAGAAAGAAGCCCCCUUUGUCCUGGAGACACACGAGAUCGGUUCAGAUCUGUUUGCAGGAGUAGAAGCCAAAGGGUUAAGCGUUAGGUUCAAAGUGGUUUUGAACAGCUGCUGGGCCACACCUUCAGCCGAUUUCAUGUAUCCCUUGCAGUGGCAGCUGAUCAACAAGGGCUGCCCCACGGAUGAAACAGUCUUUGUGCAUGAGAACGGGAAAGAUCACAGGGCAACCUUCCAAUUCAAUGCUUUCCGGUUCCAGAACAUCCCCAAACUCUCCAAGGUUUGGUUACACUGUGAGACGUUCAUCUGUGACAGCGAGAAGCUCUCCUGCCCGGUGAUUUGUGACAAAAGGAAGCGCCUCCUCCGGGAGCAGACAGGGGGCGUCCUCGUCGUGGAGCUCGCUCUCCGCAGCAGGGGAUUCUGGAGUCUCUAUAGCUUCUCAGAUGUCCUCUACCACCUCAUCGUGAUGCUGGGGAUUUGUGCCGUCUUGUAGGAGAAGCUAGCCAGGCAGGCAGCGGUGGCUCCUGCAUCUAAGGUCAUCUCUGAUGAUGACAAACUCACUUUUUUUGUGUGCUGCCAAAAAGAACAGACAUAAGACCAUAUUGUUGGGGGAAAGGCA